AUGAAAAUCCCAUUUCUCCAAAAGGCCGGUAGUGGAAGAAGCACGUCCCCACCAUUGACGGACUUCUCUGGUGAGCCGUCGGCUGACCGCGAGAAGAGAGGCAGCUUUAUGGACGAGUCGCAUGUGCCGUGGGUGACAUGGCGGUCGGUGCUACUGGGCGCGUUUGUGUCUAUUGGUGGUAUCAUUUUUGGAUACGAUACUGGCCAAAUUUCGGGCUUCUUGGAGAUGAAUAACUUCAAGCAACAGUUUGCCCAGCUCAAGCCGGAUGGAGAAUACAGGUUUAGCAAUGUUCGGUCUGGGUUGAUUGUCUCGAUGGUGAGUAAUAUUUCUCGCCACAUCUCUUGGAAUGACAAGAGAAGUGGAGAACAGGGCGAGGUUGGAUCUUCUGACGCUUUCCAGCUCUCCAUCGGAACCUUGAUAGGAGCCCUGCUCGCCGGCCCAUUGACAGACCAAAUUGGCCGGAAAUGGUCGAUCUUCUUCUGGUGUAUCAUCCUCCAUGUUGGAUUGAUCAUCCAGAUUUCCUCGCCAGCAGGGAAGUGGUAUCAGAUGAUGAUGGGGCGAUUCGUCACCGGGUUCGGCGUGGGAGCUUGUUCGCUGUUAGUUCCCAUGUACCAAGGCGAGAUAGCACCGAGACAUAUCCGAGGAGCGAUGGUGUGCUCCUACCAGUUGUUCGUGACACUGGGCAUCUUUGUCGCAUACUGCAUCAAUUUCGGCACGGAGAGCAUGGACAGCACAGCAUCUUGGCGAAUCCCACUCGGGAUCACAUUUCUGUGGGGUCUUGUCCUUGGAAUUGGCAUCCUAUUCUUCCCAGAAAGCCCUCGAUUUGACUAUCGGCAUGGCCGCGGGGAUCGGGCACGACGCACCAUGUCCAAGCUGUACGGCAUACCCGAAAACCACCGGGUCAUCGUGCAUGAGCUCGCGGAGAUGCAGGAGCAGCUAGAUGCGGAGAAAGGAUCGCGAAGCGGCAUCUAUGGAUGGGUCGAGAUGUUCCAGGCGCCGCGCAUGCCCUAUCGCAUCGUCCUUGGCGUGGUGCUUCAAGCUUUGCAGCAGCUGACUGGUGCCAACUACUUCUUCUACUAUGGAACGGUCAUUUUCAAUGGGGCCGGAAUCAGCAACACAUACGUCACGCAGAUGAUCCUCGGUGGUGUGAACUUCGGCACCACGUUCGGCGGAUUAUAUGUGAUCGAGCAUUUUGGACGUCGUAAAUCACUGAUCACAGGCGGGAUCUGGAUGUUCUGCUGCUUCAUGAUAUUUGCCUCGGUAGGCCACUUCGCGCUAGACGUGGAAACGCCGAAUAACACACCAGCUGCGGGAACAGCCAUGGUAGUUUUCGCGUGUUUGUUCAUCACUGGGUUCGCCAUGACCUGGGGCCCGAUGGUGUGGGCAAUUGUGGCAGAACUGUACCCAUCACGAUACCGGGCGCGAGCGAUGGCCAUGGCAACGGCAUCAAACUGGCUGUGGAAUUUCCUUAUAGGAUUCUUCACGCCGUUUAUUACUGAUGAUAUUGACUUUGCGUAUGGGUAUGUGUUCGCCGGGUGUCUGUUUUUCGCGGUGCUCGUUGUUUAUUUCUUUGUUUUGGAGGGCAAGGAUAAAACACUUGAGGAGAUGGAUAUGAUGUAUGUGAUGCGCGUGCCGCCGUGGCAAAGUAGCAAGUGGGAGCCGCCAGCACCGGAGGACCAGCUUACGACCGAUCAGCUGAUGGAUCGAAAAGUGGCAAAGAAGUAUCACAAAAAGGAGGAGAGUUCGGCAGACAACAAGGUAGCCGAGGGCGCACCGGGACAUUCGCAUGCUGAGCAUCCGGAGGAUGACGCUGGGACAGGGCCCUCACACUUUUCUUGA